AACGGCAAGUUGCGGUUUCUUCAACCGGUCCCGCUCCUGCAUUGUUCCUCCUCUUCCAUUGUUCUUGAUUGACCUGUUCUUCCAUCCAUUCCCAUGGCUGGACUGACUGAUCUCAAUAUAUAAAAGCAAAUCUUAGACAGGACCCCUCUGCAGCAGCAGCAUCAGCAACCAUGAAGUUCGGGAAAGAGUUCGCGUCGCAGAUGGUGCCCGAGUGGCAAGAAGCAUACAUGGACUACAACUACCUCAAGGCAGUCCUGAAAGAUGUCCUCAACACCAGGAAGAGGAUGCAGACGACCCCCCGGCAGGCGUCGACCCCGCGAGGCUCCGCACUGAAGAGGAGGGUCUCCCUGUACCGAGCCUUCAGCGGGCUAACGGGCAGGAACAGGAGGAACCCCAACUCCCCCUUGGCACGGGGAGACGACGAGGAAGUGAUCCUCGUCAACUCAGUGACGGAGAACGGGUCGUCAGAUGCGCGUUACCAGACUAUGUUCCUGAUGUCCACCGAGGAAGGAGGUGAGUACGAGCUCGUAUUCUUCAGAAGGCUCGACGAGGAGUUCAACAAAGUUGUCAGGUUCUACCGGAAGAAGGUUCAAGAAGUUGAGGAAGAGGCCGAUAGGCUGACCAGGCAGAUGAAUGCUCUCAUCGCACUCAGAGUUAAGGUCGACAAGCCCGAUGUUCGGUCUCAGGGGAGUCAUGCUGACGUCUCUGAGCUGCCUCAAGAUCGCAGCGGUGCCGGCCUUCCAGGAAGUAGAAAGCAGGGAAGGGCAACAAUGGAUGUUAUUCAGGAAGUUGAGAUGAGAGGUGAAGAGCAAGUCGAGGGUGAAAGUAGAGGAAGUCGAAAGGAUGCAGUCAAUUCCGGAGGUUUUAGACCGGCUCCGUUGGAGAUAUUGGAUCAUGUGAAGAUUAAUGUUGCGGCAGAUACUCCUGUUUCAACACUCAAGGGCAUCCUCAUGAUUUCAGACUCAGACUUGUCCUUCAGCAAGGCCGAGCUGAGGAAAGCAGAGGAGAGAAUGACGCGGGCAUUUAUCGAGUUUUACCAGAAGCUUCGGCUUCUGAAGAGCUACUGCUUCCUGAAUCAACUGGCAUUCUCCAAAAUAAUGAAGAAGUACGACAAGAUCACCUUAAGGAGUGCAUCAAAGUCGUACUUGAAGAUGGUGGACGAUUCGUAUCUUGGAAGCUCCGAUGAGGUUAAUAGGCUCGUGGAACGAGUGGAAAACACCUUUAUAAAGCACUUCGCAAAUGGAAAUCGGAGGAAAGGGAUGAAAAUACUUAGACCGACUGCUAAAAGGGAAAAGCAUAGAAUCACAUUCCUUCUCGGCAGUUUCUUUGGGUGCUCGUUAGCACUUACAGUGGCUAUCGCAGUGGUAAUUCACGCAAGAGAUGUCUUUGAUAGCCCAGGACGGUUCAGGUAUAUGGAUAACAUAUUUCCCCUGUACAGCUUGUUCGGUUUCAUUGUGCUCCACAUGAUCAUGUAUGCUGGAAACAUAUACUUCUGGAGGCGUUAUCGUAUCAACUACUCAUUCAUAUUUGGGUUCAAGCAAGGUACAGAAUUGGGUUAUCGAGAAGUCCUCCUCCUCAGUUUUGGACUUGCAGUACUAACACUAGCUGCUGCAAUAUCAAAUCUUGACAUGGAGAUGGACCCGAAAACUGAAAAAUACCAAGCUCUCACGGAGAUGCUCCCCCUUGCCUUACUCCUUGUCGUAAUAAUCAUCGCAUUUCUACCUUUCAACAUCAUAUUCCGCUCGAGUCGGUUUUUUCUUAUUUGGUGCGCCUUUCACUGUAUAUGUGCUCCUCUAUACAAGGUGACCCUUCCCGAAUUCUUCUUGGCCGACCAACUCACAAGCCAGGUGCAAUCCUUCAGAAAUAUAUCAUUCUAUGUCUGUUAUUAUGGCUGGGGAGACUUCAGGAAGAGAUUGAACAAGUGUGCUGAAAGCAAACUUUAUGAAUACUUCUUCUUCAUCGUCGCAAUUAUCCCAUAUUGGUUUCGGUUUCUUCAGUGUAUACGGAGGCUGAUAGAGGAGAGAGACCCGAAGCAGGGCUACAAUAGUUUAAAGUACCUCUCGACAAUAGUAGCUCUCAUAAUGAAAACUAUUUAUGAUCUGAAGAGGGGAGUUCAUUGGAAAAUAUGGGCAGCAGCAACUUCGGGAGUGGCAACAAUCAUAAACACGUACUGGGAUCUCGUUGUGGAUUGGGGACUUCUUAGGAGAAAUUCGAAAAACCCAUGGCUGAGAGAUAAACUUGCCAUUCCUAGCAGAGGGGUUUACUUCGUGGCCAUGGUUCUGAAUGUGAUACUGAGACUAGGAUGGAUGCAAACAGUUAUGGGUUUCCGGGAGGCUCCUUUCUUGCACAGGACAGCCGUAAUUGCAAUCUUUGCGAGCUUGGAAAUUAUCCGACGUGGGAUAUGGAACUUCUUCCGGUUGGAGAAUGAGCACUUGAACAAUGUCGGGAAGUACCGGGCAUUCAAGUCGGUGCCCCUCCCAUUUCAACACGAUGAUGACAAGAGAAUAUAAAAAGGCAGGCGAGGAGUCGAAUUCAGAUGAUGAUCAUUUUUGUUUCGUUUUGUUUGCCCCCAAUGUAAAAUGAUCGAAAGGAAAGAUGUGCAUAGAAGAAUUCAUUGAAUUUCCAGAAUUGAUUAUGUUCCAGUUGAGGCUGCCCCUUCAAUAUUCUAAGCAGAUUGACCGGAGUCGCAUCACUCCAUGUAUCAUUCUGUCUACUGCAACGAUCUUCCUCUUGAUGGCACGCACUCGGAGCAGGACCUCUGUUAUUGGAGAAAUAUCAUAUUUUCUGA